AUGGACGACACCCUGUUCCAGCUGAAGUUCACGGCGAAGCAGCUGGAGAAGCUGGCCAAGAAGGCGGAGAAGGACUCCAAGUCAGAGCAGGCCAAGGUGAAGAAGGCCCUUCAGCAGAAGAAUGUAGAGUGUGCACGUGUGUAUGCUGAGAACGCCAUCCGCAAAAAGAAUGAAGGUGUGAACUGGCUCCGCAUGGCGUCCCGCGUGGAUGCCGUGGCCUCUAAGGUGCAGACAGCUGUGACCAUGAAGGGGGUGACCAAGAACAUGGCACAGGUGACCAAAGCCCUGGACCGGGCACUCAGCACCAUGGACCUGCAGAAAGUCUCUGCGGUGAUGGACAGAUUCGAGCAGCAGGUGCAGAACCUGGAUGUACACACGUCGGUGAUGGAAGACUCCAUGAGCUCGGCCACCACGCUGACCACGCCACAGGAGCAGGUGGACAGCCUCAUCCUGCAGAUCGCAGAGGAGAACGGCCUGGAGGUGCUGGACCAGCUCAGCCAGCUGCCCGAGGGUGCCUCUGCUGUGGGCGAGAGCUCCGUGCGCAGUCAGGAGGACCAGCUGUCCCGGAGGUUGGCCGCCCUGAGGAAUUAG